ACCAUCAGUAUGCGAUAUGUGGGCAGCGGUCGAGGACUGACCGAUCCGCCGAGGCUCUAGACCUUCAAGAAGGCCGCGGCGAGCGCGACACAGGUCGCAGCCUUCGCAAGCGCUCGGUGUGACCACUAUGACGUCAUGAGCAGGACUGACUCAACGGCGCUCUCUGGGCGUCCUUCUUCGAUGACUGCCGAUGUCGCCGUGGAGACGACGCGGAGGCGCCAGGUCAACGCUCCCUUGCUGGUUUUCGCGGGACUGUCCCUGUGCACCUUCGUGGUGACGACCAUCACCCCGCCGCUGGCCUACGCCGUGUCCCUGAUCGGCCACCUCGCCUUCGCCAUCGCGAUCGGCUUCUGCCUCAAACGCCACCUGACGGCGAGCUUCGGCAGCAGGCUACCGGCGACCGGCAGGGCGGUGUUCGUCACAGGAUGCGACACGGGUCUCGGGCAGGUGAUCGCACUGGGGCUGCAGCAGAAGGGCUUCGUUGUGUUCGCCGGGUGCUUGGACCUCGCCUCGGAAGGUUCUCGCAACCUCAUGUCGCACUCGAUCACCGUACUCCACGUGGACUACCUCAAGCACGGCACAAUGAUCAGAGCCUACGAAGACGUCAAGGAGCGCCUGAACGGUCAAUCUCUUUGGGGUGUCGUGGCAAAUGCCGGCGUGGCGUGCUACGGCGAAAUGGAGUGGAUACCUUUCAGAGAAGUGCAGCGGCUCAUCGACAUCAACAUCCUCGGCACGCUGAAGUUCGUCAUGCUCGGUCUACCGCAGAUCAAGAAGAGCAACGGCCGCAUUGUUUUCGUCACUGGGUUGCAAGGCAGGGUCGCUAUUCCUGGAAUGGUGAUCGGAUCAGCAACCACAGCUGCCCUGUGCCACUAUGCAGACGGCCUUCGUCGAGAAAUGGCCAAAUUCAACGUCCAAGUGUGCACUGUUGAACCGGCAUUUUACAAGACUCAGAUGACAGACCCAACGGAGGUCACGCAGGCUCUCAACGAAGUCACUCGUCGGCUGCCCAACUUGGUCCAGGAGGAGUACGGGGCCGCCUACCUGGACAGCUUCAAGUUCACCUUCGCCAAGAGGCUGAGGCGGUUCUCGCGUCAGAACUUCCAGGAGGUGUCCAACGCCGUCGCCCGUGCGUUGCUGUGCAGCGAGACGAACGUGCGCUACUGCUGUAGCGGGAUGCGCCAGUCGCUCACCUGGGCCGUCCUCGAGUUCCUGCCACUCAAGAUUUGCGACUUCUUCCUCAUCCUGCAGUUCGCGCCCAGGGUGGCACUCGCGGGCAACAUCCGGGUGAGAAAUGUCUUAGUCCAGCCACUGCCCAUCGACGACACUGCCCUGACGGGCAGCGAUAACAAACCGCACGACCACAUGGAGACCGUUCGGCCCACCUACCAGACGCCGCCGAUCUUCAAGCCGAGCUUCCAUAUGUAGAAGGACGCUCGGAGAAGCGCGCACUCCUUUGGACAAGCCUUGACAGCUUUGGCGCGCGGCUACUUCUCGAUUCGUAUUCCUGGAUGACGCUGAACGCCUCGAUCAAGCGCACGGUGCAUGAAAGUUAGUGUCCAUCGUACGUCUGAACCUCCAGGAGCAUGGUACGUGAUGGAAAAUGUGACACGCUGGGGUCUAACAAAAGGUCCCUGCGUGUUGUUCUUGUUGCAAAUGUGGCUUUACCAUUGGAUGCACUGCGUGUGGCUAGACCCUGGAAAUGAUAAAGAAAAAGUUCGCAUAAAGCAAGCCUCAGCAGGUUUCACUCAUAA